AUGGCCUCAGCACCUCCGCCGCCGCCGCAAUGGGUCCUCGACCUUAACUCCCCACCUCCAGCCAGCUCCAAGAAUGCAUCGAUUCCUGACCCGCCAGGGUUCACCGCUCCUUUAAGCGCAAAGCAGCGAUCGCAAGCAUCGAAACAAGCCACUAGACAACCUCCCUCACCAGAAGAGAUGGACACGUUGAAGAUGAAGAAGGCCUGGGAGUUGGCAAUUGCCCCAGCGAAGCAACUACCGAUGAAUGCUAUUGGAAUGUACAUGACGGGAAAUACCCUCCAGAUUUUCUCCAUCUUCAUGGUCUUCACUCUGUUCAAGACACCCGUCAUGGCUGUCAUCGGCCUACAACGCACUUUUGCUCCUUUCGAAACUCCUGGCACAUCAGGUCGCCUCCUUGGUGUCAAGCUUGUUUACGUCCUGAUGAACAUAUUGAUGUUGGGAUUGGGAAUCUGGAAGGUCAACCAAAUGGGCUUGUUGCCAACUACAAGGUCGGAUUGGCUGGCUUGGGAGAGCGAGAGGAGUUGGUCAGAAAGAGCCGUGCCACGCGAGUGGUUGUGA